AUGUCGGUUAUACUUCCAAGGUUUGUGGUUAUCAAAUCUGUUGUUAAUAACAAAUACUUGAAAAGAAUAAGUAAAGAAGAGAGCAGUAAAAAGGGUGUACAUGAUACGUUCUUGAAUUUUCUAGCAGACGACAUUUCAAGUCGUUACAUAAAAUUCGAAAUCGAGACAGCCCAGAAAGAUGGUCAGUUUGUGCACAUAAAGUGUUGCCACAACAACAAAUACUUGAGCAUACAAGAAUACAAGGAUCCCUACCAUGGGGCCAUUAAGCAUUAUUACAUUGAAGCCACUGCUGUAGAGCCUAUUGAAGAUGCUGCUGACCUCACAACAACUACCAUGUUCAUGCCACUCAAGGCAUAUGAUGGAGAUGGAGUUAGAGAGUACUUUAAAUUUUUGCACCAUGCAACAGGGUUUUAUGCUUAUCACUCGAAUGAAGAUUUGGGGCAACUUAACACCAAGGAUGGAUUGGAGGCAGUGUUAGGCACCACUGAUGAUUCUAGCGAUCGCUUCAGAGUUGUGGAUUGGGAAUCACUUGUCAUAUUUCCCAAAACCCCUUUGGCAUUCAAGCUACCAGGGAAGGAUAACAAAUAUCUGAGUGUGGUAGAUUCAACAAAAGUACCUCAUUAUCUACAGUUCGUCCCCAACCAAGACACUGGCAAUAAGACCAUAGCAAAUGAGAUCUCAUGCUAUGAAGAUGGUUGUAUCCGCAUAAAGAACAAAUCCACCGGAAUGUUCUGGAUGGUUGAUUCAGGAAAAGAUUGGGUUACAGCAGACUAUUCUGAAGACACUGACGUUAAAGAAUACACUGUUUUCUGGCCCAUCAAACUCUCGAAAAACACCAUCGCACUUCGUGAUUGGAAGAGGUACUCAUUCUGCCAGAGCUAUUCAAGUGAAGACAUUAAGGAAUGUCUUAACUCCAGUGCGCUUACCAUUACAGAUAAGGUGAAGUUGGAAGUUGUAGAGAACAUCAUCUCCAAAAGUAUAUAUGAAAUUAGAUACCACAAAGACGAGGGCAAACUCUACAAUCUCAAUGUUGUCCAAAAGGGUUAUGCAUCCGCCGAUAACUAUGAGGAUGUUGAAGAACACAAUGAGAUAAGUCUCAAGUUUUCGUACAAGAAAACAACCUCUAGUAAUUUUGGAUCCACCCAUUCUCUCAAAUUAGGUGGCAAAGCAACUUUGAAAGUUGAUUGGAUUCCAUUCAUUGUUGAAAAUGGGAUUGAGUUUACUACUGAUUAUACAUAUGAAUAUCAAUGGGGAGAAACCACCACAAGUGAAACUUUAAUAGAGGCUACUUACACUGCUAAAGUGCCUAAAAUGAAGAGAGUUAAAGUAACUCUUGUGGCCACUGAGGGAAUGUGUGAAGUUCCCUUUUCUUAUACUCGGCGCGACAUUCACUACAAUGGGGAUGCCGUCGUCCAUAAAUUGGACGACGGGAUCUACAAGGGUGUUAGUCUAUUCAACUUCGAUUUUCGAAGUGAAUACGAGGAUCUGCCUCCGAAACAAAAUCAUAAAAUAGAAAUGGUGUCGCAACAUCAAUCAACUAAACGAUCCCCACAUCCUUUGAUUGAUGGCCAUGAGUCAAUAAUUCAAGGUAAUUAA